AUAUACCAUUAAAUUCUAUAAAAGGCUAGCACCCCACGUAACCCAAGCCAACAAGAAUGACUCUCUUGGUGCCACCAAUGUCUGGGCAUGAAAAAGAUUCAAACUUUGGGAGAAUCAUGCUGUCAGAUGUGGUGGUGAAGAGGAAGAGGAAUGUGUUUUGGGGCAGAAAGUGGAAUUCUUUAGAUAUUGGGAUUGCUUUUGUGGUGGCAGCUCUGCAUUUGUUGUGUGUUUUAGCUCCUUCCACAUUCAACUGGGCUGCCUUGGGCGUUGCAGUUGGAUUGUAUGUAAUCACUGGGCUUCUCGGAAUCACUCUCUCUUUCCAUAGAAAUCUUUCACACAGGAGCUUCAAGCUUCCCAAAUGGCUCGAGUAUUUCUUUGCAUAUUGUGGAUCUCUUGCCCUUCAGGGAAAUCCAAUUGAGUGGGUGAGCACACAUAGAUACCACCAUCAGUUUUGUGACACAGAGAAAGAUCCACACAGCCCCAUUGAGGGAUUUUGGUUUAGUCAUAUGAGUUGGCUCUUUGACACUGACAAUGUUGCUCAAAGGUGUGGGGAGCCAAAUAAUGUUGGAGAUUUGGAGAAGCAGCUGUUCUACAAGUUUCUUCAAAAGACUUAUAUUCUUCAUCAUGUAGCACUUGGAGCUCUACUCUAUGCAAUGGGUGGAUUUCCCUACAUUGUUUGGGGAAUGGGUGUGAGAAUUGUGUGGGUUUACCAUAUCACUUGGCUGGUGAAUUCAGCUUGCCAUAUUUGGGGCAGACAGGCAUGGAACACCGGCGACCUAUCGCGGAACAACUGGUGGGUAGCAAUGCUUGCAUUUGGAGAGGGGUGGCAUAACAACCAUCAUGCAUUUCAAUAUUCAGCUAGACAUGGGUUGGAGUGGUGGCAAAUUGAUAUGACUUGGUAUGUAAUUAGGCUUCUUGAAGCACUUGGAUUGGCUACUCAUAUCAAGUUGUCUACACCAGCACAAAAGCAGAGGAUGGCCUUUGCUAAAUCAAGACUUUAAAUUACUAUAAUAUAUAUAUAUAUAUAUAUAUAUAUAUAUAGAGAGAGAGAGAGAGAGAGAGAGAGAGAGAGAGAUUGGAUCAAAUAAAAUCACUUACAUGACCUAUAAAGUAUUUGUACUUUCGUGAUCUUGAGUUCGAAUUCUAGAGGGAGCAUAAAUUAUAGGGCAAUUUAUUACUACGAAACUGCAGUGCAAUUAUUGUAUAGGUUAAGUGCAAGGUUUUAAGUUUUUACCUUAAAUGAAUUUGUAUUGAAGCUCAAGUAUUUUUAGGUAUGAUUAAGUCUUUAAUGUUGUAAUUGUUGACAAGCAUACUCCUUUUUACUAUUACCACUCUGUAUUAUUGUUAUGCCAUUUUUUUUGAAGCAUUAACAAAAAUAACUUGUUAUAAUUUUUCAGCAA